AAAGCCCAUUCAUCUGUGCACUUGGGCGUUGGACUCCGCAUCUUAUUAGCAACCAGGGAGAUUUCUCCAUUUUCCCCUUGUCUACAGUACGGCUACAAAUCUGGGAUUUUUUUAUUACUUCUUUUUACUAAACUUGGGCUCUUUUUUUUUUUUACUCGACUUUUUUCCCUCCUUUUCCCCCCUUUCUCCUGUGCUGCUGCUUUUUGAUCUCUUCAACUUAAUUUUUUAAAAAGGAGUGCAUAUAAAUCGGUUCUGUUCUCUCUUCUCUUUUUCCCCCCCUCUGGUGUGUGUGUGUGUGUUGCUGCUGCUGCUCGCCCAGUAUUUAUACCAAUCCAACGCUCUUUGUUUCCCCUCCUUUUGGAUCUCUUGAGUUUCUUUGUUGAAUAAGACAGCAUGGGUGCCCAGUUCUCCAAGACCGCUGCAAAAGGCGACGCCGUUGCUGAGAAACCUGGGGAAGCAGUGGCUGCAUCUCCUUCCAAGGCGAAUGGACAGGAAAAUGGCCAUGUAAAGGUGAAUGGCGAUGCCUCUCCAGCAGCUGCUGAGGCAGGCAAGGAGGAGGUCCAAGCAAAUGGCAGUGCACCUGCUGAAGAGACAGCGAAGGAAGAGCAAGCCUCUUCUGAGCCUGCCUCUGAGAAGGAGGGAACAGAAGCAGAGAGUACUGAGCCAGCCUCGCCUGCUGAGGGAGAGCCCUCCUCGAAGGCAGAGGAGGGAGCUACCCCUUCUUCCAGCAAUGAGACCCCGAAAAAAAAAAAGAAGCGCUUUUCCUUCAAAAAGUCCUUUAAGCUAAGUGGCUUCUCCUUUAAAAAGAACAAAAAGGAGGCUGGGGAAGGAGCAGAGAACGAAGGUGCAGCUGCCUCCGCAGAGGGAGGGAAAGAUGAAGCAGCUACUGCCCCAGAAGCGACAAGCAAUGAGGAGGGUAAACCUGCCCAGGAGGAGUCCUGUGCUGCUGCAGCUAGUGGCACAGAGGAAACAAAGGAGGAGACUGGUGACUCUCAGGAAGCAAAAUCAGAAGAGACUGCACCAGAGAAGCCUGCGGGAGAAGAGGCCAAGCCUGUUGAAGAGCAAAAGCCUGAGGAUAAACCAGAAGAGGCACCAGCUGCCUCUGCCCCUAGUGCUACAACUGAGGCCACCUCAACUGAACAAGAGGCCCCCAAAGUAGAAGAGGCAGCACUUCCUACACAGGAAGCCCCAUCUGAGUCUAGUCCAGAAGCCCCACCAGCUGAAUCGGCAGAGUAAACAUGGCAAUUUUGAGAUAAUCGAAGAACUUUUCUCCCCCUGUUUGUUUGUUGGAGUGGUGCCAGGUACUGGUUUUGGAGAACUUGUCUACAACCAGGGAUUGAUUUAAAAGAUGUCUUUCUCUUUUUUUUCUCUCCCCACAGAUCCCAUCUCAAAUAAUUCUGUUACCACCAUUCCAACAGGUAGAGGGGAGACUAAACACCUCCCUCUGCCUUGUUCCUUUUUUUUUUUCUUUUUUUGCAUCAGUAUUAAUGUUUUUGCAUACUUUGCAUCUUUUAUUCAAAAUGUAAACUUUCUUUGUCAAUCUAUGGACAUGCCCAUAUAUGAAGGAGAUGGGUGGGGUCAAUAAGGGAUAUCAAAUGAAGUGAUAGGGGCCACAAUGAGGAAUUAGUGAUGCACAUAAUUGCCAAGAGAAUGUGCCACAAGAAAUGAUGUAAGGGGUUAGUCUUUUUUAAAAGAAAGUUAUUACAAUGUAUUUUGUGAGGCAGAUGUUCUAUAAGGUUUACAACACUACAAGUCUUGACUAAGAAGGAAAGGAAAAAAAUCAAUACCCAGAAAAAAAGAUCAUAGUCUUAGGAAUUCAUUUAAACCAUAGGAACUUUUCACUUAUCUCAUGUUAGCUGUACCAGUCAGUGAUUAAGUAGAAAUACAAGUUGUAUAGGCUUUAUUGUUUAUUGCUGGUUUAUGACCUUAAUAAAGUGUAAUUAUGUAUUACCAGCAGGGUGUUUUUAACUGUGACUAUUGUAUAAAAACAAAUCUUGAUAUCCAGAAGCACAUGAAGUUUGCAACUCUUUCCACCCUGCCCAUUUUUGUAAAACUGCAGUCAUCUUGGACCUUUUAAACACAAAUUUUAAACUCAAUCAAGCUGUGAUAAGUGGAAUGGUUACUGUUUAUACUGUGGUAUGUUUUUGAUUACAGCAGACAAUGCUUUCUUUUCCAGUUGUCUUUGAAAAUAAAAGAAAACUCUUCAGAUGCAAUGGUUUUUGUGUAGCAUCUUGUCUAUCAUGUUUUUGUAAAUACUGGAGAAGCUUUGACCAAUUUGACUUAGAGAUGGAAUGUAACUUUGCUUACAAAAAUUGCUAUUAAACUCCUGCUUAAGGUGUUCUAAUUUUCUGUGAGCACACUAAAAGCGAAAAAUAAAUGUGAAUAAAAUGUAUAAUUUGGUUGUGUUUCUUUUAUGGAUCCUCUGAUAGCUAUAAAUGGACUGGCAAGUGUGGCUUAAACUUGCAUAGAGAAGGAUCUUGUGUGCCAUUAAUGCUAUCUUUAGAAGUGGUUUAGAAUUUUGGAUUCAGUAAUAUUCCAAGUCUUUAUUAUGAGGAAAUUUAUAAGCAAUAUCUCCAGAUGGCUUAUGGCAUCUGCUUUUUUUUGAACAAAAGACUGGAAGCCAAUCUGAGAACAUGAUGGCAUAGUAAGACUGCCGUUGCCCAGGUUCCAUCUUGGUUUAAGACCAGUUGUAUACAGCAGACUCAAUUCCUACCUCUUAAAGUUAAUAUUUGACUUGGAUUAUAUUGGGUAGGGUGUUUAGAAUAUGGUUUUAGGCCAAAUUUUUCUAAACUGGUUGCCUAAAAUUAGGCACUGAAAUAAACGGUCCAUUUGUUUUGUUAUGCCACUUCUACUUGUCUAGUUUUAGACAACCAGGUUGAAAUAUAUGUAGCGUAAAAACAUUUGUGUUUUCUUGCAGUCUGCUGAGCAUUUAAAAGCAAUAUUUUUCUCAAACAUGUUACUCCCUAUUACAAAUGAGUUACAAAGGGGAUUGCUAAAUUUGUCUAUAAAAAUAGUCACUUGGUGCUUGCCUUUAAUUGUUUGGAUGUUUGGCUAAUUUCCAACAUAUUGCUCAGGGCAUGUUAUGCCUUAAUAAAACAGUAGGCUUAUGUAAAAGUAGUAAUGGUGUUCAGAGGGUGGAAAUUGAUUCAAGAAACUUUCUCCUAAGUUUAUAGGAGAAAGUUUAGUAUUACACUUCCAUCAAAAUUUUCAGCAGAAGCUUUCUUUGGAAGUAAUUAUGAUUCAUUUUAUGAGAAAAUGGCACAUUAGCACCUGGUUCCCAAAAGAACUGAAUUAACUGCAAUGGAUUCCUGCUGAAUGCAUACUUAUUUUUAUUCAGCUGUCUACCAUUUUAAUUUUGGCUUGUAUGUACACUAGUUACCCUGGUAUUUCUCUAUAGUUUUAGAUAUGUAUUGAAUAUUAUGCUGUAAUGGCCAUGGGAUGAAAUAAAUGGAUGUAAAAUGA